AUGGAGGGCAGCAAGCCCAUUGUCGUCACCAACGCCGAGGGCGUGCGGCCAGAUCGCCUCGUCGGCCAGAUCGCCAAACGCCAGGCCAUCGUCAACCCCGAGAACACCUUCUUCUCCGUCAAGAGGUUCAUCGGCCGCAAUAUGUUCGAGGUCGACGACGAGGCCAAGCAAGUGUCUCGCCGCCGCCAUCGUCAUCGUCCACAGGCCCACCUCGCCGUCGUCGUCCGCGGGCAGCCUGGCAGUGCCAGCCGCGCCCCGCUGCGGUCCUGCCUGGCUGCGCCCCGCCACGGCGGCUGCUCCUCGCCAUGGCCGGUCUUCACCAUGCCAGCUGCUCCCCGCCGCGGGGAGCACCUCGCCGUCGUGGUCCGCCGGCCAUAG